AUGUCUGCUGUGGCUAACCUCCUCACAUAUCUGCACUGUGAAUUUCAACUUGCCAAGUUUACGAGCUUGUGGCUUCGAUGGCAUGAACUGAGAGAUGGGAUCCUAAACACGACUCAUCGUGCGCACCGAAACUAUGGUCCCAUUGUUCAGCUUUCCCCGAAAAUGAUUUCAUUCUGUCAUCCAGAUGCCAUAAAGGAUAUUUACACCGGAUCCCGAGGCGGAUUAGAUGCCAUUGAUCUUGUUUGGUUUUUUGAGCGGUAUGGCUCACCAAACGUACGGAGGCAGGGUCGGGAGCAGCCUCUUUCAUGGACUGUUGAUGUGUUUCCCAUGAUGAGGUGGUUGACCGCUGAUAUCAUGAUCGGGUUGAUCUAUGGGCGUGAAAAGCCACUCAAUCUACUGAGCAAUCCUGAUUCAAGAGCUCAGAUGAAUGAACUCCUCACCCCAACACUGGAACUAGUCGCCAGUCCGUUAAUGACUGCUUUCCAAUGGCUUCCCCUUCCCAUCAUGAAACUCUUAUCACCGUUAAUCAACCCAGGGUCAAAAUUGACUACAUUUGGCAUGUCAUUGGUGCAGGAGUCUCUCAAGUCACUGCCUCCCCAAUCUAAAGAUGAUGACGUCUCCCCGAGAGUGGUUAAAACGAAAGAUCAGGACGUUACUGUCAUGGGGUUGAAGAUAAACCCAGGGACCAUCAUCUCCAUCCAACCCCACGCCCUCCACCGCGACCCGGAUACGUUUCCUAACCCAGACGUGUGGGAUCCAGAACGCUGGCAAGUGCCAAUUACAUCCCCGGCCCACCGUCAGAUGCAACGCAUGCUGAUGCCGUUUGGAUAUGGACAAAGGAUGUGUACGGGAAUGAACGUCGCGUGGGCUAUUAUGCGUCAGGUGACGGCCAGUAUAUACAGAGAAUACGAAACAUCAUUGGACGAGGGUGUAUGGUUUGACGCAGACGGCGAGCUGGCGUCUAAGGACGUGAAACACGAAAAUCGGAGGAGAAAGAAAAAGAAUUUGUUUCCGGACGGAGGUGUGCAGCCGAUCGUGUUUAGGAGGGUCUGA